AUGCAUCGUCACAUCUCACUCCUCGUUGGGAUCAUCCUGCUGUGCUGCCUUCAAGAUUUCGUGACGGGCGCCUGUCCACGAAUAUGCCCGCCGAGCGGCGAGCCAGUGUGCGGUAGCGACGGCGUGAUCUACGCGUCGCAGUGUGAAAUGCGGAAGAAGAUGUGUGGAAAGGGCGUGACUGUAGCCACGGAGAAGACAGCUUGCCUCAGGUCGUCCGGUAGCAAGUGCGAGCACCGGUGUCCAGGUGAUCAGGAUCCGGUAUGUGGCACCGAUGGACGCACGUAUCUCAACAAGUGCAUGCUCAGGGUAGAGAUCUGCCGUGUCGGCAUCGAGCUCUCUCACCUCGGACCCUGUAACAAUAUCUCAGCUCACAGAGAGAAUUGUCCUGUUUCCUGCGACUUUGCACCUCUCGAUGGACCGAUCUGCGGCAGCGACGGAAACGUCUACAAGUCUACUUGCCAGAUGAAGCUUCUCACCUGCGGACAAGGAGUUGUGCGCACGAAUAAAAAGCACUGUCAGACCACGAGACAUUGUCGUGAAUCGUGUUGGCGCGGUGCCAAGCCAGCCUGUGGUAGCGACGGCAUCCUUUACUCGAACACCUGCAAAAUGCGAGCGAAGAACUGCGGCAAGCACGUGUUCGAGGUGCCAAUGUCGUUCUGUGUGUCGCGGGAACGGACGUCCGGUGGCCAGACCAAUGCGUGUCCUCUCGAUUGCAAAAACGAGGCGGAAGUGCCGACCUGUGGAUCAGACGGAAGUGUAUACAGGAACGAGUGCGAGAUGCAGAUGCUUAAUUGCGGGCAAGCAAGAAGAAAGGUGAGCGUGGUAGAUUUCGAAAAGUGUCGACCUCGUUUGACGAAAUGCAUGAAACAGCAACAGAGAUGUGGAAACGACGUGGAUCCAGUUUGCGGAAGUGACGCGAAUACUUACCCGAAUCAGUGCCAUUUGAACGUGGCAGUGUGCCUAAAGGGUAUUCAAUUGGCUCACGUCGGAGAGUGCACAACCUUGAAAGAGACCGAACAGUGCCCCGAAGACUGUAGCGAGGUACCCGAGGAACCAGUUUGUGGAAGCGACGGCAACGUUUACCGAUCCCUUUGCCAUCUGCGGCGUGAGACAUGCGGUCAGAGGGUGGUUCAAGUUCCAGCGCAACAUUGUCGUACUACCGCACUUUGCAACCAGAUCUGUAGCGGAGAACGCCAGUUUGUUUGCGGUUCCGACAACAAGCUUUACCGUAACGAGUGCGAGAUGAAGAGGGACAAUUGCGGGAAACACGUGUACGUGGUGCCUAUGAAAAGAUGCGUGCAAGGUUUCCUCUUCCGUGGUUGCCAAAAGAUCUGUCCGCCGUACUACGAUCCCGUUUGCGGCACCGACGGCAUGACCUACAGCAACGAAUGUUUCCUGGAAAUUGAGAAUUGCCGUAGUCGGAGCCUAGUUACGAAGAAGUAUCACGGAGUGUGCGGCCAGCCAACGGAAGAACCUAAGAAUUAUUUGUAUUAG